AUGGCAUCUGCAAGUUCAACAAAUUUUCGAGGGUUAACUUCUAAACCUUCUUCGAGACGUUCACAUAUAAGUUCGCAACUUUUUGAUCAACAAUUACAAAGACUAUGCCCAUCACCACAUUAUCAUCCAAAAAUAGAGGAUCCUAUAAGAGAAAUUGUUGAUGUUUUAUUAUCGAUAUUUUUGCAAGAACAACUUAAAUGUACAUCAAAUAAAAAGCUAAAAACUAUUCUUACAAUGUCUAUAGAAAAUUAUAGAGUAGAAACAAAUAAGAAAAAGGCAUUCUCAUUAUUUUUGGCAGCUGCAAAAAAAGGGUACUUAAUCGCUCAAGAAAUGGUAGGAGAUUGUUAUUUUUUUGGGAUAGGCACACAUGAAAAUGAAGAUCUAGCAUUUCUAUGGUAUAAUAAAUGCGCUGAACAAGGAAGUGGUUACGGAUACCAUGGACUUGGAAUUUGUUAUGAAUACGGAAAAGGCACCGAACUGUGUUUAUCCCUAGCAAUUGAAUAUUAUAGAAUGUCUGCAAUAAGAGGAAAUGUUUGGGGAAUGAUACAAUUAGCGAGAAGGUAUCAAGCUGGAAUUGGAACCCCUAAAAAUAUUGAUAAGGCUAUAUAUUGGUAUCAAAAAGCUCUUGAAAUCGGUUGUGAAAAAGCAAAGACCGAGUUAGAUAAUUUAAUGAAAUUGUCUGUAACUUUGCAUCAAAAGCAUGAUAGUGAAAGACAUUUGCAACCAACAAUCAUAGAACAAUUACUUCCUUAA